UACAAAUUUAUUCAAAAAUAAGGUGAGAUGACAGUAGCAAUUCCACUUCCUGUUUAGUGAGAAUUUGUAAAUAUGUGAUGAUGUUGUGUCAAUAUCAUUAAUGUAAAAUUUAUAUCGUAUAAUAAAUAAAAAUAUUGCAUGAUCUUUGUUGAUAAUUGAAUCGUUGUGACUAAUGCAAUAAUAAUAAAACGAAUAAAUAUAGCGAAAAAAUGGCGAGACAAUCGUAUAGUAUUGUUGAGUAUUAUGGUGAACAAGACAAAUAUAGAUGUGGUUAUUGUAAGAGUCCAAAUACAAAUUUCAGUCAUGGUAUGGGUACACAUAUAUUGACUGUUCAAGAUUAUCAAGCUUUAAUAGAUAGAGGUUGGAGAAGAUGUGGUUCUUAUUGUUAUAAAUCUACUAUGGAUCAAACAUGUUGUCCAAUGUAUACAAUUAAAUGUGAAGCUUUAGAAUUUAAAAUUUCUAAAUCACAAAAGAAAGUUUUGAAAAGAAUGGCAAAAUUUUUAAAAAAUGAAUUACAUAAAAAUGAUACUAUGGAUAUAUGUGAAGGAGAUUAUCGCGAUAAUACAGAUAUUGAAGAAAUUCCUAAUCACGAUAAACAAUUUCUAAAAGCUAGUAAAGAUAUUUCUGAUAUGAAUGUAAAAUUUAUUGAUGACGAUAUUAAUGCAAGAUUACAACCUACUACAUUAGAUAAAGGAAAGAAAAAAUGUGAUUUAAAUAUCAAACAACAAAAUUCUGAAAGUACACCUGUUAUAUCAAAUCUUGAAGAUAAUAGCCAUAACACUUCCCAAAAUUUAGAAUCAGGAAUGAAUCCUUCUCAAACUCCUUGUAUGAAAGCAAAAUUUUUACGUAAACAACGAAAACAAAAUAAAUUAAUGGCACAAGGAAAAUCUCAAGAAGAAAUAGAAGCUAUUUUCAAAGAAAGUAAGCAAGAGAAUCAAGUUAAAAGUUUGGAGGAAUUAUUUGAUGAAGUAUAUAAUGAAAAUAAUAGAUUGCAGCUGAAACUAGUUAGAACUUCACCAAUGAGCUCUGGAUACCUAAACACUUCAAAACAAUCUUAUGAGAUAUAUAAAAAAUAUCAAACAACAAUACAUGGAGUUUUAGCAGAAAAGGUUACAAAGAAGCAAUAUACAAGAUUUCUUGUGAAAUCACCUUUACAGAUAAAAUUGGUGAGAACAAUGUCGGAUGAGUUUAUUAAAACUCUUAAAGUAAGUGCAAAUCUCUUUAAAAAAUAUCAAAUGACUAUUCAUGGUGAAUCAGAAGAGGAAUCAGAUGAUGAAUCAUUCUUCAACUUCCUUGUAAAAAGUUCUUUACAGCCAUGGACUCCGGAUGACGGACCACCAAGUGGAUAUGGUUCAUUUCAUGAACAAUAUUGGUUAGAUAAUGAAUUAAUUGCAGUUGGAGUAAUAGAUAUUUUACCAUCUUGCGUUUCAAGCGUUUAUUUUUUUUAUGAUCCGGCAUAUUCUCAUCUGUCACUUGGAACAUUUAGUUCUCUUCGAGAAGUUUACUUGACAAGACAAUUAAAUAAAAUAGCAAAAGAUUUGAAAUACUACUAUAUGGGAUUUUAUAUACAUAUAUGUCCCAAAAUGCGGUAUAAAGCACGAAUGAAACCAUCAAAGCUAUUAUGUCCUGAAACUUAUAUGUGGUUUGAUAUAGAACCAUGUUUAUUAAAAUUAGAUAAACAAAAAUACAGUAGACUGAAUGAUGAUGUUAAUGCUAUUGAUGAAGAUGGUAUAGUUGAUAUUCAUAAGAUACUAGUUUUAUAUCAGCAAACUGCAAUGUCGUAUGAAAUAUAUACAAAACAAGUUCACCAAGCAGUAACACAAGAAGAGGAGAAUGAGAUUAAAGAAUAUGCUAAUUUAGUUGGAAUGAAAUGUGCACAGAGAUUGUUGCUUUAUCGUUAUUAAAAGCUUGCAAAUCUGUAAGAAAUUUUAAUUCAUAUAUUUCAUUUUAUAUAUAAAGAACAAUUUUAUGUUUUAUCAAAAGAAAAAUGGUUGAAAACUAUUAUGAAUUAACAAAAAAAAUUAAUAAUCGAAAUUAAUCAAAUUAGUAGUUUUGAAUAAAGUAUUUGUGAUGAUAAAUGUAUAAUAACUUAACAAAUUCUUACCAAUAAAAAUGAUUCUUUGUGCUGUA